AUGCCAAUUCCUGGAGACUCAGAUGUAGUCAACAAAAUUACAAAACUCUCAUGCACGUUUUCUACUAAUACAUAUGAAUUGGGUCAUUCUCGUAUUAAGAAAAAUUUCUCUCAACACUUCGCGAUAAAAGUAACAGAAAAAAAAGAAUGUAAACACUUAAUCGAAUCUAAGGUAAAGACAAAUUCACUACUCAACAUGGUGCAUGAAACCAGUGGGUAA